UCGCGGACGACUACUAUCAAUGACCGUGAAGAACAGUGAAGAACGCGGCCCAACGCGGAAAGCCUCGCCGACGCCGACGGGCGAUUCCGGGUUGGCCCCGUGGCGCCACGUCUCUGCGUCUCUGCCUGCCCGUGCGCGAUCAGCCGGAAUGAGAAUUGCCGGAAUCAGGAGGGACAUGCCGCGACAUCUCGCCAACUCGAUACGAAAUAAUUUUAUCGGAGCCAAUUAUUAUCGACGUUGUACAUACGUACGAUCGAAACAGGAAUAUCAAGGAACAGGAGCAGAGUCUGUACAUGUAAAAUGUAUAGUAAAAUGUAAAACUGCAGUUCAAAGAAAUUAUGUGAACUAUACGGAGAAGAUGUAUUAACAGAACGCCAGUGCCAAAACUGGUUUACAAAAUUUCGUUCCGACAAUUUCGAUCUUGAGGAUGCAUCACGUUCUGGAAGGUCAGUUGUAACUGAUAAGAACAAGAUAAAGGCAUUGGUUGAAGCAAACCGCCAAAUAAUAACAGAAAUUGCAACGAUAUUAAAUUUGUCGAAUUCGACCAUUCAUGACCAUAUGAAACGACUUGGUUUCGUUUCAAAGCUCGAUGUUUGUGUUCCACAUGUCCUCAAGGAAAAAUUUGCUUCAUCAUAUUGACAUCUGCGAUUUGUUGCUUAAAUGUGAAGAAAGCGAUCCAUUUCUGAAGUGAAUCAUAACUGGCGAUGAAAAAUGGAUUGUUUAUAACAAUGUUAAACGCAAGUGAUCAGAACGAGUAAGCCAGCUCAGAGCACGAAAGCCAAUAUUCACCAAAAAAAUGAUGCUCUCUGUUUGGUGGGAUUUCAAGGGUAUUGUUUUUUUUGAAUUUCUCAGAUAAUUCCACAAAUAAUUCGAAAGUGUACUGCCGCCAAUUGGACAAAUUGAGUGAUUCCAUCAGGCAGAAGAGAUCCGAAUUAAUCAACAAAA